AUGACUGUGUCGACGUGCACCUCCGAGACGGUGACGGGCAAGCACGUGUUCAGGAUCGCCGACUACCAUAUACGCAAGGGUUUGGGCGUCCGCGAGUACAUACAGUCAGCCACCUUCGCCAUCGGCGGCUACGACUGGUGCGUUCGCUACUACCCCGACGGAGAAACCCAGGAUUGCAGGGGCUACGUCUCCAUCUUCCUUGAGCUCCUGACCAGGAACGCCAAGGUUAGGGCUGAGUAUGAAUUCAGGCUCGUCGACUCGGGCAGCGCGCUGCCGCCGUCGCCAGUGACACAUCUGUUUACUAACAACUACAACACAGUCGACCCGGAUGAAGAUCCUGCUAGCUAUGGAGCUCAUAGGUUUAUGAAACAGCAGGAGGUAAAACCGUACGUGCGGGACGACUGCCUGGAGAUUGAGUGUGAAGUCGUCGUUAUCAAUGCUAUAACAAAACUUGAGGUGCAGGAUGUGCCGCCCUCGGACCUGCCGAAUCAUCUCCGGAAAUUGCUGGAUGGCAAGAGAGGAGCAGAUGUGACGUUUGAGGUUGAAGACGAGGUUUUCUCUGCUCACAAGAUUAUGCUCGCGACGCGAUCACCGGUUUUCGAUGCUCAGCUCUAUGGACCUCUGAGUGAUUCCAUGAGUAAGAACAUAAUCGUCAAAGACAUGGAGCCCCCUGUUUUCAAGGCAUUGCUUUACUUCAUCUACACGGAUUCUCUGCCUGCUAUGGAUGACGCUGAUGAUGGUGAGAGUGAAGACAUGGUAAAGCACUUGCUCGUGGCUGCCGAUAGGUAUGCCAUGGACAGGAUGAAGAUGAUGUGUGAAGAUAUUCUAUGCAAGAGCCUUGAUGUCGAGACCGUGGCAACCACGUUGGCUCUAGCUGAUCAGCAUCACUGCAGCAAGCUGAAAGAUGCUUGUGUUGAAUAUAUCCUCUCUUCAAACAGACUGAAUGCUGUGGUGGCAAGCAAAGGGUACGCACACCUCAAAAGAUCAUGUCCUGCUCUCAUGUUUGAUCUCUUUGAGAGGGCUACCAAGUCUCACAAAAUUUAACUGCUCUUGGAAGUGUUUAAUUACA